CUAUUCAGUGAAAAAAUAAGUGGCGUCGAAGGAACGAAACUAGAUGAUGAAUUUCUUGACAUGGAGAGGAAAAUAGACAUUACCAAUAAAGCUGUUGCAGAAAUUAUUUCGAAAGCCACAGAAUAUCUUCAGCCAAAUCCAGCAUACAGAGCUAAGCUGGGAAUGCUGAACACUGUGUCGAAGAUUCGAGGACAGGUGAAAACCACUGGCUACCCCCAGACGGAAGGCUUGCUGGGCGACUGUAUGCUGAAGUACGGGAAGGAGCUGGGCGAAGGCUCUGCGUUCGGCAAUGCAUUGAUAGAAGUUGGGGAAUCCAUGAAGCUAAUGGCUGAGGUGAAAGACUCUCUUGAUAUUAACGUAAAGCAAACUUUUAUUGACCCACUUCAGUUACUCCAAGACAAAGAUCUAAAAGAGAUUGGGCACCACCUGAAAAAGCUGGAAGGCCGCCGCCUGGAUUAUGAUUAUAAAAAGAAGCGAGUAGGUAAGAUACCAGAUGAAGAAGUCAGACAAGCGGUAGAAAAAUUUGAAGAGUCAAAGGAGUUGGCUGAAAGAAGCAUGUUUAAUUUUUUAGAAAACGAUGUAGAACAAGUCAGCCAGUUGGCCGUGUUUAUAGAGGCAGCUUUAGACUAUCACAAACAGUCCACGGAGAUCCUGCAGGAGUUACAGAGCAAUCUGCAGAUGCGAAUAUCAGCUGCAUCCAGUGUCCCCAGACGAGAGUAUAAGCCACGGCCCAUCAAAAGGAGUCCUAGUGAGCUCAAUGGGGUGUCCACCACCUCAUCGGCAAAGACAGCAGGUUCUAACGUUCCCAUGGAUCAGCCCUGCUGUCGUGGUCUCUAUGAUUUUGAGCCAGAAAACCAAGGAGAACUGGGAUUUAAAGAAGGGGACAUCAUUACAUUAACCAAUCAAAUAGAUGAAAACUGGUAUGAAGGGUUGCUACACGGGGAAUCUGGAUUCUUCCCCAUUAAUUAUGUUGAAGUGAUCGUGCCUUUACCUCAGUAA